CCGCAUACGCUCUUGACCGGCGCGGUCACGAACUCUGUACGGACGCCCCUGCUGCGCACAUCUGUCCUCAGCGACACCAGCCUAGGCGCCCCAUCUCCUCCCAUGAAGUCCUUCCGAAAGUCUGCGAACAAGGACUCGAUCCGAAGCCAGAUAUCUACGCCGUUACCGUUACCCGCGGUCUCCAAGCCGCCCUCCUCUAUCCUCCCCCCUCAGAAGGUCAUCCGUGCUCUCUCAACUCACAGGCCUCGGGCAGCGCAGGAACUCCCCUUCAAGAAGGGCGACUUCUUUUAUGUGAACGGCUCGGUAACGGGGCCGGACGGCCAGCCAUGGUACGAAGCACACAAUCCCGCGACGGGCGCGCGCGGCCUGGUGCCGUGUGCGAUGUUCGAGGAAUUCUCUAAACCCAACACUGCUUCGCGUGUAUCGCAGAUAGGCGGCGGCGAUGGCGGCUUCCCCCACUCCUCCCCUAAGCCCCCCACCAGCGACCUCCCGCCGAUGCCGUCCCGCAAGUCGGGCACACAAAUCUUCUACGCCGUGGUGCAGCAUGACUUUGUCGCCGAGCGUGCGGAUGAAUUGGACGCAAAGCGGGGGGACUCAGUAACCGUCGUUGCGCAGUCGAAUCGCGAGUGGUUCGUCGCGAAACCGAUCGGUCGCCUAGGCCGCCCCGGUCUCAUCCCCGUUUCCUUCGUCGAGGUGCACGACCCCACUACCGGCAAGCCCGUGCAGGACGUCCAGUCGCUCAUGGACAGCGGCAUCGUGCCCCGGGUUGAGGACUGGAAGAAGAAGAUGUACUCGUACAAGCAGAACAGCAUCGCCCUCGGUGUCCUCGACGGUCCCCACGCUCGCCAGUCGCAGUCCGUACCGAGCACGCCCUUCGGGCAUCCGCAAUCGAUGCACCAGCCGCCGCAGGUUCCGCAACAGCACCAUGAGAACGGCUUGUAUCAUCCGCGCCAUCAAUCCCAGCCAUCACAGUCGCAGCGUGAUAAUUACUUCCCAUCCUCACCGCCUACGCAGUACCCAGACGAUCCGCCGCAGGAGCCUGAGGUGCCCCCGGUGGAGCCUUUGCCGGAGGGGCUGCUGCUCAAGGCGGAGUGCGUCUCGUUCCACUUCGAGAUGGACGAGUACUGGUUCCGGGUGGACGCCAUCUACCAGCCAUACCCUCUGCCAGGCUCCAAUCAGCUUCCACCAGCGAAGCAACUGGUGCUCUUCCGCGUGUACAACGACUUCUACGACUUCCAGGUCAGUUUGCUGGAAGCCUUUCCCCGAGAAGCCGGGCGCGAGGGCGACGAGCGAAUUCUACCAUUCAUGCCCGGGCCGGCCGCGCAUGUCGACAACGAGCUGACGCAGACUCGGCGAGAAGAGCUUAACGAGUACCUGCACCAGCUUUGCGACCUCACGAAGAUUGGCGCACGCUCGGUCGUGGAGCACGUGCUCGUACGCGAGUUCCUCGCCCUCAAGCCCGGCGACGUGGAGAACCACCUCGAGCCACGCUACGACGAGCUGGAGGAGCUGGACUCGUACCGCCAGAACGAUUACGAACUGAACGACCAGAUGCAGCGCCUCAACGUUGAUGACCACGAUGACUAUGACGACCGUUACGCCCCGCCCGCGCCGGACCGGCACCAAUCCUCCCAGCAGCGACACCCCUACGCGCAGUCCACCCCGUCCACCGACAACCUCAGGAUGCACGCGCACGUCCAGAAUCACCAGCGAAACGGCUCGCAGUCCUCCCUCGGCCGCCACAACUACCCCGACUCGCGCGGGACAUCGCCCACGCUCGACGGUGCCCACUCCUCGAAGUGGGCGACCUCAUCUUCCGUGACCGCCGCCUCGUCGCGCUCCUCGGAGAUGCACUCGCGCGCGUCCGAGGUGCAGACGCGCUCGCGGUCGCAGUCCACUGCGACGAACCCGCCAAUCUCGGGCGCGAACCCGUCGCCGGCGUUCAUCAAGAUCAAGAUCUUCGACCGGGUGUCGGACGACUUGGUGGCGAUCCGCGUGCACCCGCAGGUCGGGAUCAAGGAGCUGACGCUCAAGAUCGAGGCGCGGCUGGGCGGGGACGUGCAAUACUUGCACUAUCGGGCGGGCGAGAAGGACAUCACCAUCGCCACGGACGACGAGCUGCGCGCGUGGAUAGACUCGACGGACAAGUACGUGCUGUACGCGGACUAGUGGGUCGUCGUGUGCUCUCGGGCACGCAGGCGCGAGCAGGGUUUCGCGAGUGCAGAGUGCUGUGUGUGGGCAGGACCAAGAACGAAAUGAAGAACAAGUGUACGAAAUCUACUACAUAUACCGCUAGUUUCUGUUGUCUCCAUGCGGCCGCUUUCUUAGAGUGGCCGGUGUUUCCUUACCAGUCCAGUUUCUGGUGUUCUCUUACCUAUGGCCAUCCUUUCGCUCUUCGCGGCCAGUGUUAUCUCUUUUCCUCUAUCGCGCCUCCUUGAACCUUUUUAUUCCCUUUAUCUUCUUCAUCGAGCGUAACAUACUGUCGCCUUCGUUCUCGAUGUACAUAGUGG